AUUAAUCAAAUGAUUGUGCUGUCGAAUCGGACAAUAAAGUGUAAAUAUAUGAAAAAAUAAGUAUUAUACGUCAGUGAAUCGCUAAACACAUAAAUGUCUUCAGUCUAAAAAUUUAAGAAACAUAAGCCAACAUUUUAAAUAUACCACAAUGAAAAUCAGAUACCUGUCUGCGGACGUACAGACAAUGGGGGAAUCCACACUAUAUUGAAAAUAAUUAGUUAUGAAUAGGUAUCCGUUAAAUUAUGCUGUAAAGUGGUAUCCCUGUUAUAAAGCAGGCAACUGGAUUACAAGACGUCCACAAUGACAUCAACAUUGUUUUGGUUGUUUUCUAUAAUCAGUCUUCAGAAGUACCUAUCAUUCUCUAGUUAUAAAUUAAUCAAGUGAAUAUGUGAUAAAUAAGUAGUAGGUAAAUAGGUGAACGUGGGUUUUCCUUUUUUAAAGUACAAGACUAGAAAAUGGCAAGCAGCUCGACUGGGGGUGAAAUUGUUUUUGGUAAUAUAAAACCUUUUCCACCGGUUGUAAAUGGAAAGAUAAAUAUAGUGAGCUUCCUCGAAGCGGCGGAUGAUUUAGUGUCUCUAAUUGAGCGCCUUGGCACAGUAUUUGCACCAGUUAAGUUUGACAUGCAAGGAAAUAUUGAUAAAAUAAAAAGAUUUUAUCAAUUUGAUGAAAACUCCUGUCUGCUAGAAUUGAUGCUUGAAGAAAAAAAUAAUGGCAAGGAAACAGUAGCAGAAGGUGUUUUAUGGCUAAAUAGGGCAUUGUUGUUUUUUGAGUUGGUGUUUCUGGAGACAUUAAAACAUUUAAAAGCAGAGUGCUAUGAUGUGAAUAUGAAAAAUGUUUUCACAUUAGCAUAUGAAGGUUCUGUUAAGAAAUACCACAACUGGGUUACACAGCAGCUGUUUACAGUCAUCUGCAAAAUGAGACCCACCUUGCCUCAAGUCAUGAAGUGUUUUGAGGUAGAAGAUGUGAAAAUAUUUCAAAUAAAAUUGGCAAGUUUCAAUAUAACAUUGCAUUUAGUUCGAUGUAAGAUUGAUGAUUUCUUUAGAGAUAAUAAUUUAUUUGGUGAAAAACAUGAUUGUCCAAAUCAUCAGAUGAUUUAAGAUAGGAUUAUGUAUCUUAAUGUGUCCCUAAAAGUAAUUGUAUGUAAUUAACAUUUACACAAUCAACAUACAAUAUGAGAAAAGGAUGUGAAUGACGAGUCAUGAAAAUCAUAAUUAAUACUAAGAGUGUGUACUGUAAGUGCCGUGUUGUAUAAGUAGUGCUAAAGAGGCUAUAAAUAUGGAUAAUCUAGAUAAAUAUUUAGUUUAACGACAAUUUUGUAAUUGCAUUAAAACAGAAACAGAUUUAUUAUUGUUUUGUUAUAAUUUUGUCAUGACAUUUUUAAUAUUCAAUACUCAGUGCCUUGAGGAAUGUUUGAUGGCAAAAGUUUAAAAUUAUAUGGAAACAUGUAUUCAGAUAUUACACUAAAUCUUAUUAAGAACUUAUAUUUGAUACAAACGUAAUGUGUAGGUACUUGUUCAGUGAGAGGUAAAAUUACCAAUUAAUUGUUAUAGUAUUUUGUAGUGGUGCUCAGAAUGACAAUUUGUUUCAAAUUGUUUUAAAGAUGAAAAAUACCAAAGGUUCUAAAUUUAUAAAAUAUUAGCCCCCUCCUAUUUUUUAUUCUUAAUUAAUAUUUCCUCUAUAUCACUUAUUCAUCUCAAUUUAUGUGAAACUAAGGAGAGCUGAUAUUUAAGAUAAAAAAUAUAUGUCUCUGUAAUGAACUUAUUAAUCUUUUGAAUGCCUAUGUUAUACUAAUUACUUUAUAUUGUAAUUAUGUUAUAAACUAUACAUGUGUGUCUUGUGUAUUAACUUGUAAAAUUAAUUUAAUACCAAAGCUUUGCAUACUUUUAGCUUUCUAAAUCAAAGCCUAAAUUUAUGUGAAUCCAUGUGUUGUCAGCAUUUAAAUGUUGUAUAACAACAAUAAAGUCUUAAAAUGCA